AUGGCUGAUCCUACGCAGGCUGAUGCCGAGGAUCUCGUCGGGAAGGCCGUGUCCUUCUUGAGCAGUGCCACCGGAAGGUCAGCGCAGGAGAAGGAGAAGUUCCUGGUUGAGAAGGGCCUCACGCAAGAGCAGAUCCAGGAGGCAUACCGGCGCCUGGAGGAGUCCAAAGGAGGUCCAAAGCCGGCACCGGGGCCCACUCCGCCUCAGGGCCCCUUACCGCCGACAGCGCCCGCACCGCCCGCGCCGGCCCCGCGGCCGCCGCCGCCGCGGCCGGCGCCGCAGGCGCCCUAUGCGCCCAGCUACCAGGUGCCGCCAAGCUACGGGCCUCCAUAUCAGGUGCCGCCAGCGCAGCCUUACGGGCCGCCAAUGAUCCAGGGCUAUCCGCUGCCCUUAGAGCCACCAUCCUCGGGUGGCCCCUGGUGGGCCUGGCUGUUGGGCGGCCUUGGUGCAGGCUUGGCUGGCACCUACCUGGCGAACCCCUUCCAACUGAAGCCCGAAGACUUUGAUCCCCGCGAGUUCUUCUCCGAAGGUCCAAGAGAGACACCCAAGGUCGACUCGGAACCAAAGCAGUCCGAUGCCGAGCCAGAUGGAAAGGCAAACUACGAGGAACUCCUGGCACUGCUGCGGCAACAAAGCGAAGAGGCCAAGGCCAACGUGGCGAUGUGCGCCAAGACGUUGCAGCAGACGCAGGAGCAACACCAGAAGAUGUUCUCAGAAAUGCAGAAGGCCUUGCAACAGCUCACGCAGCCCAAGAGCACCAAGCCGCAGACCAUGGAGCUCUCAGCCCUGCGCCCGAACGACGCGGCUUGGGCGAGGAAUGUGGGGCACGCGCUUCAGAUGUUUGUGAAGGUGGUGAGCCAGAAAGAGGGCAAGUCUGAGGAGGAGGUUCUGCAGGAGCUCUCCACGCCUGCCGGCAUGGAGAUGUUCGCCAAGAUGUUGAGCACCAGCGCCUCAGGAGCCGUUGGCAGCUUGAAGAAGACGCAGAUGCUGGCGGCCUCUUGCGAAAGAAUCAACAUCUACCUGGAGGCCAUCAACAAGCACUGUCCGUGGCUGAUGGAGGAGACAGAAGAGGAGCACGGCUGUGGCUUUACGGACUGCAAGGGCGAGAGCCAGCGGCUCUUCUUCGGCUUGGACCUCGCCAGCGCCAACGCCUUCUACCCCAGCCGCUUCACCAUGUGCCUGCCCAAAGUGAGAUGGUAUGCCUCGGAGCAUUUGGCGGACGGAAGCUAUCUGGGGACCAAGAUGAUGGACGACUGCCUGGAGUACAUGACCACAGCGCCAGAGGAGGAGCCCAGAAAGAGACCCAGGCGCGAGACGGUGGACCUGCUGGGUGUCGAAGAUGGCGUUCAGAAAGGAGAAAACGACGAGAGCGAAGGCGGAGACAGCGACGCCUCGGAACUCGAGGAGUUCCUGACUUCGCUGGGCACCAACGACAGCCGCGAGGCCGCCAAGCUUCUGCGGGGACGCGCUGCCUGUGUCGAUGUCACCGAGGAGACUUGGCAUACGGUGGAGCACCUUCAGGGCCGAUGCUCCGUGGUGACGUGCACCAGCUUGCUGACGCAGGUCGAGGGUCGGGUCGUAUUGACCUCGAAUCCCACGAGAUUCCAGGUGGUGCCCUUUUUGUAG